CUUUCUUUAUUCAGUUAGCCAGCCAAGCCUCGCUUUUUUUCUGUAGUUUAGCCAGCUUUAGCGAGCCAAUUUUUUGUCUUCUGAUUUGAGCUUGUGAAUAGACAACUAAGUGGCUAUUUGGGUAUUUAACUGUUAUUUAAAAGAUUAAUGACAAUUAACCUAGUGUUAAUAAUUCAACUGUCUUAUGUUCUUGUGAUUAUUUAGUUGAUGAGGAAUCUAAAGACACCAAAAUGGCCUCUACCAGCAUUGAUAUUACCGAUGCAACAACCUCACAACCCACUGUCAGGUCUAACCUUGUGCUCCAAGACUCCGCUUCACUUUCCUAUAACAAUUGGAAGAAGACCAAGACCACGUCAAAUGUUAUCCAACAGCCGAUCUACCGAGAACCACUGUACAUGCUGUAUGAUGAUUCUCAUAGAGCCCGAGCAGAGGAGAAUAUUUAUGAGGAGGUUGAUUUUAUGACUCUUUCCUCACUGAGAGCUCAAUACGCAGACACGUUAAGCCUUCAAAGUUGGAAGAAAAAGGGAAGCAAGAAAACACUUUCAGGUACCUCAUCAUCUUCAUCGUUUACACGUUGGUUUUCAACUCGUAAAAAAAAUUCACCUACUCUUAGUAACGAGGAGGAAAGUGCUUAUAUGGAUGUUAAACUAUCUAAAAGACAGCGACCACCAUUAUGUUUGCCCUAUAUACCUCCUAGUGGAUUAACCCAAGAGCAAAUUAAACGGCGUUACAUUGUUGGUUCCAUAGUGGAUUCAGAAAAUUCCUAUAUUAAUUCUCUACACCGUUUGAUAGAUGAAUUUAAGAAACCCAUGGAAGAAGCUACACCACCUAUUUUGAGUCAAAACAAGAUUAAUAUCAUUUUUUACCGGGUCGAACAAAUUUUACAGUGUCAUACCAUUUUUGGCAUUGCUUUGAGUCAAUGUGUCCGUGAAUGGGAUGAAAAGGAGAAAAUUGGUGAUGUUUUCAUCAAUUCCUUUUCCAAAUCUAUGGUUUUGGAUAUUUAUUCUGAAUUUAUCAAUAACUUUACCAAUGCAAUGGAAACUGCUCGCAAAGCAUCAAAAUCAAAAUCAGCUUUUGCUCAAUUUUUACAAGGCAAAGCUACUUCUAGUCCUGAUCGUUUGAGCUUCUUUGGUCUUAUGGUUAAACCAGUUCAAAGAUUUCCACAAUUUAUCCUUCUCCUAGAUGAUCUACUUAAACAUACACCAGCCGAUCAUCCUGAUCGCAUGUCCCUCCAAUUAGCCCUGACUCAACUUGAAUCUCUGGCUGACCGUCUAAAUGAAAGAAAACGCGACUCGGAAAGACAUUUCGCUGUUAAACAACUUCUCAAAGAUUAUCUUUCAAAUUCAACGACAACCUCCUCCAAUCGUUACCUUCUCCGAAUGGAUUCCGUUUAUGUUCUUGACCUUGAUGCAAGCACGGGCCUAGUGUUGAAAACAAAAUGCCGAAAGCUUUACCUUCUCAAUGAUAUGCUUGUGUGUGUCAGUGUUCCUUCAAAUAGGUUAAAAUUCCAAGCAUCUCUUCAAGAUGUGGAUGUAAUAGAUGAUGUUAAACCAGCAACCGACAAUCUUAUGGCAAACUCAGUCUUACGGACCAAAGAUUCAACGCCAACAUCAACAUCUCCACAACAUUGUACAAUUGAAAGGAUGUAUUGUGAUCUAAACAAUUUAAUGCAUGAUCUGGAAAUGAUGAGUCGGAUCAAAAAUCUUAUAUCGUCUUUGCGCUUUGAAUAUAAUGGUCUAUCUCUUGAACUAGUUGAACAAUUGAGUCGACAAAUUCAUAAUGAGAUUCGUCGAAAAGAUAAUCAGAUAACUCUUAUUGAUCGAAGUUGUUUCCAAUUACGAAUCCGAUCUAAAAACUUUAAAGAUAUAAUAUGCAUACAAAUGUCAGAUCCAGAGGCUAAAAAAGACUGGCUUACUGAUGUUCGUUUAGCCAAAUUAUCAUUGGAUAGAGCUAAUAAUCCAGCAUGGGAUAUUGUCAGUGAAAAUAUCUCAUCGUCAAGUGGCAAUAUAAAUGCAAUAACUCAACAAAGAGUUCCUCUAUUUGUUAAGUCACUACCAAUUUUUGCAACAACGGAAGGCAGUCAACUUACCUGUGCUCUUUAUUACAAAUUAUAUCAAGGAUUACCUGGAUAUGAUGAUACUGGUUCAGGCGUAUUGUGGAUUUGUAAUGUUAAUGAAAAUGGGUCUCAACUGGGUGCUUUGGCAACCAAUGAUUCAGAAAUGGCUCUCAUACAUUCCUAUGAACUGUGUGAUUCUCAUGUAACCUGCCUUGAACUGGUGGCCUCAGAUUUAAUUUGGAUCGGUUUAAAGGAAGGACGAGUUAUCAUUGUGGAUGCCAACUCUCCCGGUGAAUGGCGUCAAAUUGCAGCUUUAGAGACACCCGGUGAAGUCUCUUGUAUUAAACAAUUCAACCAAUAUGUUUACGUUGGCCUUACGUCAGGAGUGCUUACCGUUUAUGAAAUAGAUCGUCUUGAAGAUCCAAUUGUAUUAUCUCUCAGCUCAUCACCAGUCACCUGUUUAUUACCCAUCGGUAAAGAUGUAUAUGCAUGCUCGGCUACUAAAAUUUGGGUCAUUAAUGGUGGAAAUAUUGAAAAAAGUUAUUCCCUGGUUCCUGAAAAUGUUGGCUCAUCCGAUUCACUUGAUGAUCUAGUUGUGACUAAGGAAGAGCCAAGGCCCAAUUUAUUAGCUCAUUGCGGUAUUGGUUUGUGGGUUAGCCUCAUGAACUCAUCAAUUAUUAAAUUAUAUCACACCGAAACUUUCAAACACCUUCAAGAUUUAAAUGUGGCUCCCAACGUUAGACGAGUAUUAAAUGAACCCAUUAGCAAUGAUUUACCUAUCCAUGUGACAGCCAUGUUAGCCACUCGAGGUUUACUCUGGAUUGGUACUUCUGUUGGAAUAAUAGUAACUUUAACAUUACCGAGACUUCAAGGAGUUCCAUUGGUCUCUGGUUGCUUGAAUGUCGCACUUCAUCGACACAUUGGACCAGUAACCAUACUACUCAGUUUAACGCCAGGAGUGACUUUGUCACCAGUAACCAAUCCUUCAGGUCAGCGAGGUGGUGAUAAAAAUCAAGGAAAUGUAACCGACUCUAAAACUGACGACGCUGAAUCAAUUUAUGGACUUUAUGCAGACCUGAUGAAAGUUUGUGAUUAUGAUGAGGUGAAAAAACCUUCUGGACAAACUAAUCUUAGUGCAACUCGAAUGACCUGGGAUCUCUCUAAUAUGACGAUCUCAGAUGACUCAACCUCCGAGUCUGCCUCAAGCAGUGCCAUUUACCAGGACAAUCAUCAUCGAUCUCAUGGAUCAACCAGUACUAUACCAGCAGGAGCUCAAGGUUCAGGCCAUACUUCACCCAAAGAUGCAAAUAAUGUUACAAAUAAACUAUUAGCAGUUAAUCCACAACAAUUACAACAGUUCCAACACUCACAACUAACACAGCAACAGCAACAACUAUUGGCGCCGCAGCAACACCAACAACAACAUCAACAACAUCAACAGCAACAGCAGCAGCAACAACAACAAACACAAAUGCCGCUGCAACCCCAACAAUCACAAAUGCCACAGCAACAACAACCUCAACAACAAACUGAUUCUCAUUCCACACUAUCUCGAAUGGCAGCUAACUCAUUGUACGAUUCAAAACGAAGCAAGCCUUCAACUCAUGGUUCGGAACCCAAUGUGGCCACUACCUCAACCUCUAUCAACCAUCGUAGUAAUAAUGCUUCAAUUUAUGGUACUAAUGGGUCCGUUAAUUCAAUGCAAAGUAGUUCAGUCAAUUUAAAAACUGCUCUUCUGAUGACUGGAGGAAACGGUUAUAAGAGAGGCUUAAUAGAUAAUCCAUACUCAAGCCAACAUGCUCAUUGCAUAAUAUGGGAAUAUAAAUUGUGAAAUUGAAAACUUACAUUUAUCGCAAAAUCAUUGAAAAAUCAUUGAAAUUCAUUAAAACAAAGCAAAUCCAUUCUUCAUUCAUUUCCGACUCAUAAUAACGAAAAUAUGCGCCAGUAUCGCCAACCACUUUCAUCUCUUCUGUACUUUUAAUCUAAUAAAACACUACCAAUUGAUUUUAUUUAAUCAUAUCAACAACAUUAAAUUAUUUCUGCAUUUAUUAAAGAUUAAUCUUACUUAAUUAAA